AUGCCUAUUUUCCAUGAUCCCAAUGAUAGUCCACCCGCGCCGUCAUACUUGGCUCACACCUCGCCCACCAACCUUGAAAGAGGUGGAGCCACGGGACUUGACUCGGAGGACGAUUGGGGCAACGCCAUGCGACAAGAAGAAGCCCUGACUGCCCAACGGUCGCUUGAAGUAGACGUCGAGUCUUCCACCCACACGCGCAAGCCGUGCAUGUUCGGUCGCAAUGAGUGGAUCGAGAGGAUAAAGAAGACCAACAGCCCAUCAUGGUUACAGUGGCAGGGUACCGAUAUCGCAAAUCAUGGGCCUAUCCCACCACGUCCGACUUCUGGAGACCGUCCAAGCCUUCCACGAACGCCUACCACCGAAUUGCAAGCUUCGCGCACUUCUACCCCUGACCAUGUCCGAGAUGCUGCAGCGGCAGGCCUAGACAUCCAGCGCCCUCGAUCGGCAUUACACUCGGGCGACUUUCGGGAACAGAGAGCGGCUACCGCAACCGACCAUGGCCACUCGUCUGCCGGUUUUGUAGCCACUUCGCCUGUGGUUCCUUGGGACCUCUUCUACAGCUACAAUACAGGCAAUGGUAGGAUCUCAGAUAACGAGCCAAGUCCAUAUGUCGGUCUCAUAGACCUGGAAAACUCAUUACCAGCGCCCGAUGAAAGCAAAGAAUCCGGUAAACGUAAGCGUCGCCAUGCUGUACCUCCCCCCGAUCAAGAUGACUUGGACUUUCGGAUACAUCUGGGAGAUGAAGAAAGUCUACAAACAACAAAAGGGAAUCUUCGACGAAAGGAGAAGAAGAAGAGACGGUCGACUUCACCGAAAGCGCCUCCCGGGGGUUGCUACCGGAUUCCGCCACAGGGCCAGCUUCAGAUAGUACUGAAGAACCCGAACAAGACGGCCGUGAAGCUAUUCCUCGUCCCGUACGACUUGUCAGACAUGGAGCCAGGGCAGAAGACCUUCAUCAGGCAGCGCAGUUAUUCUGCGGGGCCUAUCAUCGAUAUGCCCUCUUCUUCACGAAAGAACUUGGGCACAGACUGCCCAGAAGCUGCUCUCAGUAGUUCCGACGAUCCCAACGACCGACCUAUUCUGCGAUACCUGAUUCAUUUGCACAUAUGCUGUCCGUCAAAGGGUCGGCAUUAUCUGUACAAAAGCAUACGUGUCGUUUUUGCCAAUCGAGUGCCAGAUGGUAAGGAGAAGCUGAGAAAUGAAAUUCAGCAGCCAGAGCCAAGAUACAGCACGUACAAACCGACAAGAGACUCUAUGGCAUCGCAAAAGACCCAGUCUAGCGGGCCUCAGCUUACAGACAAAGUCUCCCGUCGUCGCAGCGCUGGAUGGCCACUUUCUCACUCACAGCAGGCCUACGAUGCGCUUGAUAACAUUAGGCAGCACACACCCUUGCCUCCUCCAGCAGUGAAGUUUACUGGUGACAAUGCCAACUCAUCUGCGUCGAGCAGUUUCAGCUCACAUGUAGCCGACUUACAACCCAUUCCCUUUGCUCUCAGUCGACUAGCUGCGAUUCAUUCACGACCUGUUUCUCGCGAGUGCAUGGAUGUUGAUCCGAAGAGCCCCUUCAGGACACCUGUUACAUCACCGAGGCCUGUCGUGAGCCCGAAUAGCUCCAACGACGGCACGUUUGAGAAACUCAGCAAAGGCGACAUUGGGUAUGGUGGGAAUGCCUUUUCACCACUCGGGAGCCCAACUGGACCUCCGAAUGCAGGUCUACUGUCGCAGAAAUUGCGGGGGCUGGACGUGCAGCGCGAUGGAGAAGAGUCAACGUGA